AUGAGAGAGAGAAAAGAUCCUUUGUUGUGGGGCAGAGAACGAAAAAGAGAGCCUCUGCGUUUGUCAAGUCUUUUCAGGAACGUCUUUUCCCACAUCCCUGCGUCUGUGUAUUUCUUGUUUCUUUGAGAGAGGCGUGAAAGCAAAAUGGCAGGAAACAGCCUUGUUCUGCCCAUCGUCCUGUGGGGCCGUAAAGCCCCCACGCACUGCAUAUCCACCCUGCUGCUCAUGGAGGACGCGUCAAUGAUCGUCACGGGGUGCCACGAUGGACAAAUAUGCCUCUGGGACCUUUCUUUGGAUUUAGAGAUUAAUCCCAGAGCUCUGUUGUUUGGUCAUACAGCCUCAAUUACUUGUUUAUCAAAGGCCUCUGCUUCCAGUGAAAAGCAGUAUAUAGUGAGUGCAUCAGAAAGCGGGGAGAUGUGUCUGUGGGAUGUGAAUGAUGGGCGAUGCAUAGAGUUUACUAAACUAGCCUGUACACAUACUGGCAUACAGUUCUAUCAGUUUACAGUUGGGACUCAGCGUGAAGGGAGACUGUUAUGCCAUGGACAUUAUCCAGAAAUUCUUGUUGUGGAUGCUACCAGCCUUGAAGUUCUUUAUUCUUUGUUAUCAAAGAUAUCUCCUGACUGGAUCAGCUCCAUGACUAUCAUUCGAUCCAAUAGAACACAAGAGGAUACUGUUGUAGCAGUUUCAGUGACUGGCAUCCUGAAAGUAUGGAUAAUAACCUCUGAAGUUAGUCGGAUGCAGGACACAACACCAGUAUUUGAAGAGGAGUCAAAACCUAUUUAUUGUCAAAACUGUCAGAGCAUUUCUUUCUGUGCAUUUACCCAGCGGUCGUUGUUGGUAGUGUGUUCCAAAUACUGGAGGGUUUUUGAUGCCGGAGAUUAUUCCCUCUUAUGUUCAGUCCCUAGUGAAAACGAUCAGACCUGGACUGGUGGCGACUUUGUGUCAGCUGAUAAAGUGAUUGUAUGGACAGAAGAUGGACAAAGUUUCAUAUAUAAAUUGCCAGCCAGCUGUCUACCAGCUAGUGAUUCAUUUCGCAGAGAUGUGGGGAAAGCAGUAGAAAAUUUAAUUCCACCUUUAUUGUACAGUGUGUUGGACAGAGCAGAUAAACAGCUACUAAUAUGUCCUCCAGUUACUCGAUUCUUCUAUGGACAUAGGGAGUUUUCCUAUAAGCUGUUAAUCCAAGGAGACUCUUCAGGGAGACUGUGUAUUUGGAGUGUGCCUGAUACUCUUGAACAACAAGAUAGUGCAAAAGGACUGCAAACAACAACUUCAACAUCCCUCCAGGAAGCUUUUGAUAAACUUACUCCUCGCCCUGCUGGGAUUAUAGACCAACUAAGCUUAAUACCAAACAUCAAUGAACCACUUAAAGUUACAGCCAGUGUGUAUAUCCCAGCACAUGGGCGUUUGGUUUGUGGCCGUGAAGAUGGAAGCAUUGUUAUUGUGCCAGCAACACAAACUGCUAUAGUUCAGCUGCUGCAAGGAGAGCAUAUGCUUAGGAGAGGUUGGCCACCUCACCGGACUCUCCGAGGCCAUCGAAACAAAAUUACAUGUUUACUGUAUCCUCAUCAGGUUUCUUCUCGUUAUGAUCAAAGGUAUUUGAUCUCAGGUGGUGUGGAUUUCUCAGUCAUCAUAUGGGAUAUAUUCUCUGGAGAGAUGAAACAUAUCUUCUGUGUACAUGGUGGAGAAAUUACACAGCUUCUAGUUCCACCAGAAAACUGUAGUGCAAGAGUCCAGCACUGUGUUUGCUCUGUUGCCAGUGAUCACUCAGUAGGUCUUCUGAGUCUGCGGGAGAAAAAAUGCAUCAUGCUGGCAUCCCGUCACCUUUUCCCUAUUCAAGUAAUAAAAUGGAGGCCUUCCGAUGACUAUUUGGUGGUAGGAUGUUCGGAUGGGUCUGUGUACGUCUGGCAAAUGGAUACUGGUGCUCUGGACAGGUGUGUGAUGGGAAUAACAGCCGUGGAAAUCUUGAAUGCCUGUGAUGAGGCAGUCCCAGCGGCUGUGGACUCCCUGAGCCAUCCCGCUGUCAACCUGAAGCAGGCCAUGACUAGGCGUAGUCUGGCUGCUCUGAAAAACGUGGCGCAUCAGAAACUACAGACUCUUGCCACUAACCUACUCGCUUCCGAAGCGUCUGACAAGGGGAAUUUACCUAAAUACUCACAUAACUCCCUGAUGGUUCAAGCUAUAAAGACUAACUUAACAGAUCCAGAUAUACAUGUGCUCUUCUUUGAUGUAGAAGCCCUGAUUAUUCAGCUACUGACUGAGGAAGCCUCCAGACCCAACACUGCACUCAUUUCUCCGGAGAAUUUACAGAAAGCCUCUGGUGGGUCUGACAAAGGAGGCUCCUUUUUGACUGGUAAGCGAGCAGCCGUCCUCUUCCAGCAGGUCAAGGAAACAAUCAAAGAGAAUAUAAAAGAGCAUCUUCUUGAUGACGACGAUGAGGAUGAAGAAUCGAUAAAACAGAGAAGAGAAGAUGGUGACCCAGAAUAUCACUCUAGCAAAUCUAAACCAUUAACUUUAUUAGAAUAUAAUCUAACCAUGGAUACAGCAAAGCUUUUUAUGUCCUGUCUUCAUGCCUGGGGCCUGAAUUCUGUUCUAGAUGAGCUUUGCCUUGAUCGUCUUGGGAUGCUUAAGCCACACUGUUCAGUGUCCUUUGGCCUCCUGUCUAGAGGAGGCCACAUGUCUCUGAUGCUUCCUGGCUAUAAUCAGCCUGUAGGCAAACCGUCGUAUGAUAGUGUGGAGUUAGGAAGGAAAAUGUCCAUUACAGAAGGACUCGGAAAGGGGACAUACGGUGUAUCACGUGCCGUCACCACUCAGCAUCUCCUGUCUGUUAUCUCACUGGCCAACACACUGAUGAGUAUGACCAAUGCAACUUUUAUCGGAGACCACAUGAAGAAAGGUCCAACCAGGCCACCUAGGCCAGGCACUCCUGAGAUGUCAAAAGUGAAGGCACCCCCUUCAAUUUCAAGUCAUGCAGCCCAAGGACAAAUUAAGCAAGGGUGGAGCCAGCUUGCUGCUAUGCACUGUGUAAUGCUCCCCGACCUGUUGGGACUGGAUAAAUUCAGACCUCCUCUUCUGGAGAUGCUAGCUCGCAGGUGGCAGGAUCGAUGCUUGGAGGUAAGAGAAGCUGCCCAGGCCUUAUUGCUAGCAGAACUGAGAAGAAUUGAGCAGGCAGGUCGGAAAGAAACCAUUGAUGCUUGGGCUCCUUAUUUACCACAGUACAUUGACAGCGUUAUAUCACCUGGAGUAACCACAGAAGCCAUUCAAACUGGUAGCGCAAGCCCAGAUUCAUUGGGAACAGAAGCAAAAGUUCAGGAAGAAGAGCAUGAUCUGGUUGAUGACGACAUCACAGCAGGUUGUCUGUCUGGUCUCCCACAAACGAAAAAAAUGUCUACAUCCUAUGAAGAGAGACGGAAGCAAGCCACGGCCAUUGUCCUGCUGGGGGUGAUCGGGGCAGAAUUUGGAGCUGAAAUCGAACCUCCAAAACUUCUCACUCGGCCACGUAGUUCCAGUCAAAUUCCCGAGGGAUUUGGUUUGACUAGCGGUGGAUCAAAUUAUUCCUUGGCAAGGCAUACGUGCAAGGCGCUGACGUUUCUGCUGCUGCAGCCGCCCAGCCCCAAGCUGCCCGCGCACAGCACCAUCCGCAGAACCGCCAUCGACCUCAUCGGCCGCGGCUUUACCGUCUGGGAGCCCUACAUGGACGUCUCCGCCGUGCUGAUGGGCCUUCUGGAGCUCUGCGCUGACGCCGAGAAACAGCUUGCUAACAUCACAAUGGGGCUGCCCCUGAGCCCAGCCGCCGACUCUGCCCGCUCGGCGCGGCACGCUCUCUCCCUCAUCGCCACCGCCAGACCACCCGCCUUCAUCACCACCAUCGCCAAGGAGGUGCACAGACACACUGCCCUCGCAGCGAACACCCAGUCUCAGCAGAAUAUUCACACCACCACGCUUGCUCGGGCUAAAGGAGAGAUCUUGAGAGUCAUUGAGAUACUUAUUGAGAAGAUGCCUACUGACGUUGUGGACCUUCUUGUGGAGGUUAUGGACAUCAUCAUGUAUUGCCUUGAAGGAUCCUUAGUUAAGAAAAAGGGUCUUCAGGAAUGCUUUCCAGCCAUCUGCAGGUUCUACAUGGUCAGCUAUUACGAGCGGAGUCACAGAAUAGCAGUGGGAGCUCGCCAUGGUUCAGUGGCCCUCUACGACAUCCGGACUGGGAAAUGUCAGACUAUCCACGGCCAUAAAGGACCGAUAACUGCAGUGGCUUUCGCCCCCGACGGCCGGUACCUCGCCACGUACUCCAAUUCCGACAGCCACAUCUCCUUCUGGCAGAUGAACACCUCUCUCCUGGGGAGCAUCGGCAUGCUGAACUCGGCGCCCCAGCUCCGCUGCAUCAAAACCUACCAGGUGCCCCCCGUCCAGCCAGCCUCGCCGGGCUCCCACAAUGCCCUCAGGCUGGCACGGCUCAUCUGGACCUCCAACCGAAACGUCAUCCUCAUGGCUCACGACGGCAAGGAACAUCGCUUUAUGGUCUAGGCCGGGAGGAGGAAGGCGACGGCGCUGGGGAACGUGCUCCUUGCGUGGCGCAGCAGAAGCGGGGGAUCAAUAACACUGUGACGGCGCUCCUCGGCCAGAUCCGCAGCGGCAGGAAUCAAACCAGGCUUUGCAGCCGGGCUGAACCCGGCCCCUUCCUCGCUGGAUGUUCAGUUCACGCAGCAGCCCUCAUUAAACACCUUUUUCCUUUGGGGACUCUCGCAGAAUCUCAGUGUUUACCAAAAAGGCUCGUGUUUACAUGUACUUUCUCCUAGUGACCACUGAAUGAUGGCGGGUGAUGCAUCUUGGGGCUAGGCACUUGGGUUUCUUAAUGAGGGGCUCGUUGCCUCGGGAUGGGGAGGGAUUGAAUUUCGGCGGGUGUAUGGCCUGUGUUCUGAUCCGAAGGGGAUGUUUCCUCAUGCAAAGUCUCAGUUUUCAAGAGAAUUGGAAGUGCUGCUGUGCCCAGUCACUGUUUGCUGUAGUCUGGAAGAAAGAAUAAUAGUCCACAUGUAAAUAAUAAAAAAAAAAAAAAAAUCUCUUUAAGAUGGAAUAGCAAACUUGAAAAAAGGAGUAUUUAUAUAUAAAGGCAUUUUUUGUUACCAAUGCAGGUAUUUAUUUUAAAAAAAAAAAAAAAAAGAUAAAAAGCUUUUUGUUCCUGAAGCCGCUCCCAUUUGUGCCGGGACGUGCAGGGCAGUGAGGCCGUGCACCCACGCCGUGCCACCCUGCCCUUGUGUCACGGCCACGGCUCCCGCGGUGGCUUCAUGGGGGGACCAGAGGGGAAGGACACGGGCCCCGGAGGGAGGCGGCACAAACGGCGUCGGUGGGGAGCAGUUCUGGCUGGAAAAAUGAUGAGAAGUGUGUAGAAGGUAAGUUAUUCGAAUGGAUCUAUUGAAACAUUUUCUUCAGUAGGAAUAUUCCUGUGUAACAUUAGCUGUGACUGUGUUUCCCUCUUCUUACAUAUCUAAUUUUGUGAAAUAUUUAAUAGUGUGAAAGUAUGCUGGUUUAUGCUCACAGUAAAGAAAAAAAAUCUAUAAAAUACUAUUUUAUUUAAACAUAUUGAUGUAUAUGUUUGUAUAGGGGUUUUUUUGCCAUUUUUGUCUGAAAAGCUCACAGAACUAAGGCGGCUGUCUUUACAUAAUAAAGUAAAAAUGGUACUUAUAGAAUCUUCCCUUCCCCAAAAAGGAAUAAAUGAAUUUUAAAAAUGGCUUCUAAAUAUAAAAAGCAUUGAUUUUUUUUUUAGGUGGUCUGUGUAGUACACUGUACAUGAAAGUGAGAUUUACAGUCCAGAAGCUACAUAUCUGUUUGCUGUUUAAAAAUAAUUAAUAAAAAUUUAAAAAGCAAGAAAUUAAGACCAUUAGGAAUGUUUAACACAAACUGCCAUGAAGCUUAAUCUUUUCUCUGGCGGGAAUGUAGUGUAUAGUGGAGAACUCUGUAGUAGAAUAUCAGGGUCUUUUCUAAGUGAACUAAUGCAACAUGCAUGUACAUUGUGUUUAUACAGAUAUAUGUGUAACCUUGGAGAUUUAAAAAAAAAAAAGAGGAGAGCUAACAGAGACUUCUCAUCCGUAGAAUGAAAUGCUGUAAUUUUCAGUGUAGGCUUAUGAGCAGAGUGCUAAGGUACCCUGUAAGCCUUCUCCCACCGGGAUCACGGGAUCCUAUCCGUUAGGUUACGGUAGAUAUCACGUAUGUAUACAUGUUUACUUUCAAAACAAAAUGCAGCGCCGGCAGGCAUGUGGACCAUGCCCCUGCAGUGAUUUCCUUUGUGGUAUAGUGAACAAACACCUUGAAUUAUAUAUGCAUUAAAAUGUUUGAUUUAAGCUAGAAGUGUAAUGGAUUUUCUCAAAUGCAGAAGAGAGCUGGUAAUUUUCCUCGCGGUCCUGAAAAUCGGGGCGUGUAGCAAGCGCCGAAGCAUUAGCGGUGAGAGACCCCUUUGAGGAGUCGCUGAGCCCCGAAACGUCUCUGGCCGGAGCUGGGGCCAGUCCGCCCCGCGCCCCCGGCCGUCGGGGUCCCGGAGGGAGAUACCUUCCCAUCUCACUGGUAUGUGUGCACUAGCUAAACCGAGCCCUCCGCUUCGGCGACUCUGUUAAGCCCGGUCCUGAACUUCUGCCCAGCCUCGCGCUCUCAGCACUGCAGCGAAGUGUGUAUUGUCAUUCCAGUGUAAGCUUUUAGUGCUUUAUUGAUCUGUUAGUACUGUAUUUGGACUUGUCCUUGUAAAUGUAGAGACGUAUGUGGCUUCAUUGGCAGUUUACAAGCAAAAGAUGACAUGAUGAGACACCUGUAUGAAAAUGUUGUGAUGAUUGAAGUCACCAUGGAUGGUGAAUGGUUCAAGUGUCUGCCUCUCCAGCAACUUCUUGACGAAUCCACUCCCCAUCCUCUGUAUGUACUAAACUUCCCCGUGUAAAUAUGCUUGUGAAAUAAAACUGAA